CAGAAACAAAAAUCCAAUGAAGAUUCACAAAUCAUACCGUGAAAAUGUUGCUGAACUUUUACAAACCGAAGAAAUUGAUGUAGACAUUAAGAAUUCUUUGACUUUUAGACAAGGAGAUGGUGUGGUUACAAUAACAUUUCCUGUUGAUGACAAGCCGAGCCAUUUAUAUGUAAUCUCACAUUAUAAAAUGUCUAACAUAGAAAAUGUGUUGGUGAAGGAUAGAUGGAAAUUCAGCGAAGCUACCAUUAGAUUACUUACAAAUGACAACCAUCCGCUUAAUACCAGUCUUAAUCAAACAAUACAGUCGAUAUUUGAUACUAUGCUAAGAGAUCCCAAGCGUGAAACUCGCAAAAGCAAGACACCAAUUUGAUUAUUAUAUGCAAAAAAAUAAAUUUAUUUAAUAAACAAAACAAUAUAAUAUUA